AUGACCAAAAGCCGAGAAGAAACAGACAACUCCACUGUGGAGUCUAUUGGAUGGGUACAGGCAGAUUAUAAUCAGAUAAAGCCCCUCCCAUGUGGACUUGCGAUUCUCCCUGUCUAUGCCAAUGGAUCUGUCUUAAGCCCAGAAUUGCUCAACCUCACUGACAAGUUCGCAAAUGGUAUUUCUAUGGUUGCUUCGCUACCCUUCACUCUCUCUUACCCAACUCUUGCAGCUGCGAUUCACAUGUUCGUCAAUGCCUAUAAGAACGUCCUUGCUGUUGCUGUUAUCUCUGUUGUAUCUACUGAGAACGCUACUUUUCUUGCCUCUAAGGAAAGAGGGAAAAAGGACGAGCCUGGCGGCGAGUUAGACGAUGACUUGGGCUUUAGUUUGUUUGACUACAUUCGUUGUUAUCAAGACUCAAAAGCUAUCUUGUUUGGUUCGAGGAAACAAGAUUUCAGCAUUCCAACAACUAGGUUCACAAUGUCCUCAAAUCAGACGAAGUGA